AUGCCUCCCGGUUGGCCCAUCAAGAUCGAGCCUAUCCACGGCGGCGAGCUACUCAGGGUUCCUCAUGUUCGGCAACCGCUCGUCAACAUGACUUUCUCACUUCUAGACAGGCUCAAGUACGAAAACAAUCCAGAAGUCUGGGAAAGACACGUUGCAAAGGCUUUGCCUAUCUUGGAUAGGCUGGAGCCAAUCUGCAAGAGCAUGUCAUCUUCACAGAGGCUCAGCAGGGAGAUGAGAGUUGCUGCUACGAACUGGGUGAACGACAUUGGUGCGGUCCGGCAGCGAGCUGCGCAGAGAAGCAAGAUUGUCAUUGGUGUGUUUGGCGGCACGGGUGACGGAAAGAGUUCAACCAUCAACGCUCUGCUAGAUGAGGCUAGUCUGCUCCCCACCAAUUGCAUGCGGGCCUGCACCGCUUGCGUCACCGAGAUAUCUUAUAAUGAUGAUGACGACCCCGAGAAUCCAUACCGAGCGGAGAUCGACUUUGUCUCGCCAGAAGACUGGAUGCGUGAGAUUCGAACAUUUCUCAAAGAGGUUGCUGCCAACAACGUUCAACCGUAUGGUGACGAGGAUGAGGAUGAGAUGGACUUGGACGCCAGCGAGGCUGCCAAGUCUGUUGCCAAAGCCCGAGCUGUCUAUGCCAACAUUGACAACGAAGUCCUGUUGGAAAGCUCACCGCAUGAGCUAAUCAGACAUCCGAAUGUCUAUUGGGUCCUUGGAACCACUCGGACAUUCAAGGCUGCUACGGGAAAGGACCUCCGCCGACAAGUCGAACGCUACAUCGACUCAAAAGAUGAGAAUGAUGACGAAACCGUCGCCUACUGGCCUCUGGUCAAGGCCGUCCGAAUUUUCACACGCGCAGAGGCAUUGUCCAACGGAGUGACAAUCGCAGACCUGCCCGGCACUCAUGAUGCAGAUGCCGCCAGAGCAUCUAUGGCCAAAGAAUACAUGAAGUCCUGUGCUGCUAUCUGGAUUGUGGCCCCCAUCCAUAGAGCAGUCGACAACAAGACAGCCAGAGACUUGCUCAGUGACAAUUUCAAGCACCAGCUCAAUCUUGACGGGUCCUUCUCGUCGGUUACUUUCAUCUGCACCAAGACGGACCAGAUCAGCCUCAGCGAUGCGAUGAACAAUUUGAAGAGGCAUCUGGACCCCGAGAUCAUCAAAUACCGGGAAAAGGCUGCCACGCGUCGGCAGGAGAUCAAGCUUUUGAAAAAGAAGAUCCUGAACCUUCGAAUGAGCUCGGGCUUGACGGAAGACUCAGAGGACGACAUCGACAUGCAUCAACCUGCGAAGAGAGUCAGAAUUGAGCGAAUUGACGAGUACAGAAAGCAACUGGAGAUAGCCGAGAAUGACCUGAAUGACCUUGAUGAGAUGGUCCGCAUGGCAUGCAUUCAGAAGCGAAAUGACAUUUCGCGUGACACCCUAAGAAACUACUUCAACCGCAUCGUCAGAGAGGCUCGCCAAAAGAGCAGUCUCAGAAGGAACGACACUAGAAAUGCACAACUGGAGGAUGAUAUUUCUGGCAAUCUUCCCGUCUUCUGCACAAGCAGCCAUGCAUACCAGGCCUUGAGAGGUCUUUCGGAGGACGACAUGGAUGAAUUUCGCGGGUUCUUCGAUAACGCAGACACGGAUAUUCCACAGCUUCAAAGUCAUGCACAAACCGUAACCAAUGAGCUACGAAUUGCGAAGCAGAGAGAAGUACUGGCUGGUAUCUACCAGGUCCUCAACUCCGUCUCUCUUUGGACACAGAACACCCCAGAUUUAGCAGCAGCGUUGAGUAGCGACACCUUGUCCUCAUUGCUCGACACAUUUGAGAGGACCAUGAGUGCAACGAUAAAUGUUUGCCUCGACCAUAUCCAACAUAACCUGAAAGGACUCUUCGAGACAGCCCAUCAGGCAGCCAGAGUUGCUGAAGCAGAGGCUGCUUUGAUCGUCUUCAAUUGGUUUUUGCCAAAAAGAUCAGGUGGCAUCUAUCAUUCGACCUUGAGGGCAUUGGUGGUCCGACGUGGUGUCUGGGGACCAUGGAAUCUCAACGAAGAACUUCUUGAGCCGUUCUCCAACAACAUACUACACCAAUGGGCUGGCGUGUUUCAACGAGAUGUCCCUGGCCAUUUGGAUGACUUUCUUGUGGAUGCGGUAGAGCUUCUCUCAAGAACUCACGACCGCAUCAUGCGCAAGCUUCGAGAGACUGCGGGCGAAGACUUGCGCCUUCGUGGGCAACUGGAUAUGCAACUCAAACUUCACAAAGACGGCCUCAAGCGUAUCAGCGCUGAAGUCAAGAACACUGUCAACCGCGCUCAGAAGCUGGCCAGUCGAGAGCCCUUGCAGGUUGUUGGAGCCUUCAUGAAUGCCGGCUAUGGCCAUUGCAUGAACGAGAAAGGAAAGGGAAUGAUGAAGCGCAUGAGAAAUGUGCUCUCGGACCAUCUUGCCGUAUACGAGAGAGACAUGUUCUUUGCAGUUACCAGUGUUCCCGAACAAGUACUCCAAGAGGCAGCCCGCAACGCUUCGGAUAUCUUGGUGGAUAGGGUUGGAGGGAUUUUGCGCACGAUGCGCACCGACUACGUGGUUGCGUUGACGAAGCGUGAGGAGUCUGCGCGUCGCGCGGAGGCUCUCUUCAAGGAGAAGAUGGUGGAAGUUCUCAACUUUGCGCAGCCUUUGAUUCGAUGA